UUACCCCUAAAAAGUAGAAUAAUAUUAGCAAAGCUACAACCAAUGCCAUAUUUUGAUCUCAGUUUGACUCUUAACAUUGAAUUCUUUUGUUCCUACAAAGCCAGAAACGUAGCAGAUUUGAGUCCAAAAAAAAAAGCCAGAAACGGGAGAAAGUGUUUAAGGAACGAGGACAUUCUCAAACGAAAAAGGAAAUACAGGAAGAGUUUUAGGAAAAAAUCUUACCCGGUAUCGCCAUUAAUUAAACCCUCUUUUCUUCCUUUCUAGUCGCCAACUUACUUUAUCUACACCAACCCAAACCAAAAGCCCAAAAUUUUCCACUACAAAAACCUUCUCCGCCUCUGGAAAACCUUCCGGCGGAGGACAGACCUCACGUCACGACGAAGAGUUACCCCACCUCAACGAUGGAGAGGCUGCUCUACUCUUCUUCUCCCACGGCGCCUCUCAAACUCCACUGCAAGCCCACUACUUCUUCUCUGCCUCGUCUUCCGCGAAUCGAUGCCGCGAAACUCGGCGGCUUCCCGCUUCUCCCACGGCCGCCGCUGCAGCGCCGGCGAGCUAGUACCAUCUCCUGCAAAUAUGAGACGAACCCACCGUCGGUAGCGUCCGUUUCUUCCGGGAAAUUGCCGUCUCUGGCCCCUCUGCAAGUCGAUUCCUGCGGUGGGUCGGCGCCAAGUUCUGAUCUUGUCGAACAGAUCCCGACUGAAUCCAGUCAUUAUCCACGAAAGGCAGUGAGUGUUGUGGCUUGUGUACUACUCUCGGCUAUCUUGAUGUUCACGAUGCACCCAAUCUUUGCAGCACCAGCAUUAGCUACCUACCAAACAGCAGCCAAGGCCACUGCUCCCGUCGGUCUAGGAGCAAAACUAAUCCGGACCGAACUCUUAAGCAGCGCAUGGACUGGUUUCUUCGCUGGUUGUCUCCACACACUCUCAGGUCCAGAUCACCUUGCAGCUUUGGCUCCACUCUCAAUUGGUCGAACGCGUCUUGAAAGUGCCGCUGUUGGAGCUCUCUGGGGAUGUGGCCAUGAUGCUGGCCAGGUAAUCUUCGGUCUUCUGUUUCUCCUGCUCAAGGAUCGGCUCCACAUCGAGAUCCUCAGAACUUGGGGCACUCGAGUUGUCGGUCUUACCCUACUUGUCAUUGGUGGUAUGGGGAUAAAGGAAGCUUCUGAGGUCCCCGCACCUUGUGUUGCCCUAGAAAAUGGAGAGUGUGAUGUGAGUGUCUAUGAAUCCCUGGAAGCCGCACCUGCAGUAGCGCAGAAGAAGAAGAUAGGGUUCGCUACCUUUGCUACUGGGAUUGUUCAUGGAUUGCAGCCUGAUGCGCUCAUGAUGGUCUUGCCUGCACUCGCUUUGCCUUCUCGGGUGGCUGGUGCGGCUUUUCUGGUCAUGUUCUUGGUGGGAACCGUCGUUGCAAUGGGGUGCUAUACGGUUUUCAUAGGGUCCUGUAGUGAGGCGUUGAAGGAUCGGGUGCCUAGGAUAACUGAGAAGCUCACGUGGGCAUCUUCCUUCAUAGCUAUCGCUCUUGGUGUCUCCAUUCUCGUCAGCCAGUUUUUCGGGUUCAGCUUGUAUUGAAUUGAUUGAUACUUCUAAAUAGGUAUUUGCAAGCUACAGAGCUACAGCUUUAAAGGUAGAGAAGAGAUGAUUGAAUGAGCCAUUUCGGUUGCAUUAUGCUGCUGAGGUCUUGCUUGCACAAGCAAUGAAAAAGGAGAAGGCUAGUGUCAUAAUCCCUCGCCAAUCUAUCAGUUUUGAGAGCUCUGUUUUGUUUUGUCUCUUCAGUUUAGAGUUUCAGGUCGUAAUUCUCGGGCGAUUUGUGUUCGACAUGUACUGGUAAGGAUUUUGAUUAUUGAUUUGCUUGUACUUUGCUCUAAUUUUCCAGCAAGAGUUUCGAAGGAGCUAUAAUGCUAUAUGAUAUGAGUAAGGAAGAUUAGUUCCAUACUUCCAUCGGUUAUGGCCC